ACAUUUCUGAGCCUGAGCUGGGGACCGCAGGCAUGUCCAGAUUUGCCGUUAGAGCUGACAAUUGCCCAAUACAGCCCAGGGGGCUGAGUCAGGGCUAGGCGCUGGCUGCACUGGGAAGGGCGGUGGCUGCGGGGUGAGUUUCAUAACCACCCCGGCUCCUGCUCUGCCACAUCGCACCGAGGCUGUGCUGAGGACCGAGCCCCCUCCUCGCACGCCAGCCAUGCCCACGGAGACUGAACGCUGCAUCGAGUCCCUGCUAGCUGUCUUCCAGCGGUACGCAGGGCGUGAAGGGGACAACUGCACACUCUCCAAGAGGGAGUUCCUGGCCUUCAUGAACACUGAGCUGGCUGCCUUCACAAAGAAUCAGAAGGACCCAGGUGUCGUGGACAGGAUGAUGAAGAAACUCGAUUUGAAUAGUGACGGGCAGCUGGAUUUCCAGGAGUUCCUGAACCUCAUUGGGGGCAUUGCGGUGGCCUGCCACAAUACCCUGCUUGUUAACACCCCUCGCCCCUAGACCUGGCUCCUGUGUCUCCCCCACCACUGUGAACAUUCCUCAAAAAAGACCGAUGCAAAGCUGGAAGCAAUGCCCUUAAGAUGGGGACAUCCCCAGUCCUCAUUUUUAUGUAUAAAAUAAAAGGUUUAAAAUCCUA